CGGUGAUGGUAGUGGACCAACUGGGAUGAGUGAUCCACAUAUAUUAUUAUUUGUUUGUAAUGUAUGUAUAAUUAAAAUAAGGUGAAAAUAAUUUAAAGGAAAAAAGGGUCAAAUAAGCUCGUUUACUAUUGCAAAAAGCAUCACCUAAACCAGUCUACUAAAAAAAGUAUCACUCAAAUAUGUACUAUAAAAAUCCAUCAAUGGGGUCAAGCUAAGUGACCUAAUAACAAGUAACAACUUAUAAUCGGAGGUCAUUCACUUUUUGUUUUUGGGUUUUCUUUUACUACCCAAGCUAUUCUAGCGGCUCUUUUCUUGUUUCCCGGCCCUCACUUUAAUUUCUUUUUCUUUUUUUCGUUAUCUUCAUUCUUCAUUUUCUUUUCCUGAGAGAAUGACGGAACAUAGUACGUUUCUUGCAGGCGUUUCUAAAAAGUGUAGGUUUGACCAAAUUAUUAUUUGAAACGGUGAAACUUAUUUGGCAAAUAUGUUCAGUAUUUGCAAAAACAAAAAAUAUGUACGUGAACAUAUUUGGUGAAUCUAUCCAUCUUCCUAUUGGCCAAUAAUAUUGGGCACGGAUCACCAUCUUGGAUCGCCAAUUGAAGAGCGUGGAUCGGCGUUUACUUGAACAUAUUCGGUGAAUAUGUCCGUGCUCAUAUCGGUCAGAAUAAGUUGCCUCGGAUCGCCAAUUAUUCGAACAUAUUUGACGAAUCUCCUCUAUAAAAUCCACCACAAAUCACACUUCACAACACAUCUAACCGCUCCAAUUUCUCUUCCUCUCCAAAUUUUGGCCAUCUCCUUCAUCUUAACCCAAGUUUUCAUGGCUACACAAAGAAAACACCCUCACCCCGGGCCCAUAAAACGUUCUGUAUUGAUGAUGAGAUCUGGAGAACAUCGUGCUGAUCAUGUGUGGAAAACUGAAGCGUUGAGACCCGAAUUUGUUCAAGCUCAUCUAGAAUCAGCUAUCACGACUCGAUGUUUGGGGGAGGUUGCUCGGGAAAUGCGUGACAGAGGUGACCCUCGAGAUUAUCCGAUGCUGGAGCGAAUCAGGAUUUGCCUAAGGUGAAUAGGUGCAGAAGAAGUGAUGGAUCACGACAUAAUCACAUUUGAAAAUGUUGAUGAAGGACACACAUCAGCCGAUGGCCAUGGUCAACCGAGCGGACCCACAUGAUAUGGGUUACAUGAUGACGAUACAUAUCAUGAUACACUCAUGGAGCCCCCAUUCACAGUUGGUAGUUCCUAUCAUGCACAUGAAGUUCCCGAACAUCAGGAGUGGGCUGAUUUUAAUUGGGCUGAUUUAUUUGGCAAUGAUCACUUCAGUGGAGCAACCGGCGGUGCAGGGCCGAGCUCACAAUAUUAGUUUAUAAUAUGAGUAUUAGUGUAAUAGUAUUAAUAUUAAUGUAAUAAUAUCUUUGUGUGAUGUAAUUAGUUUAAUAAUAUGAAUGUUAUUGUCAUAAUAUUCAUAUUAGUGAAAUAACAUCCCUCCGUCAUGUAAUAAAAUUAGUGUAAUAACAUUGUUUUGAAGCAACAAUAUUAGUUUAAUAAUAUCACAACUACUCUAUUAAUCUCAACUACCACAUCCAACCCAUCUACUUUAUUUACUUCACCUCCACAACUACUCUAUUUAUCUCAACUCACAUCCACCUCACCUAACUAUUAUACUAUAAAUAGGGAGCUUCACCACUCUCAAACAUACUUCUUUCUCUCUACUAUCAUAUCUAUAAAGUAUUAUAUGACAUGUCUAGGGAGGGUAGCAUAGUUGUUCGUGUGCAUCGAAAUGGGGUGUUGACUGAAAUUAAUAAUGAAGCCAAUUACUCUACGUAUCCAAAUGCUGCACUUUUUUUUAGUGAUCAUACUACAUAUACAACACUAUGUGAGCGCAUUAUGCAAGAAAUGUCCCGUGAAGGUUUAUAUGAUAUGAGAACCAUUCAUGGAAAAUUUCCCACAUAUAAUUCUGAGGGAAUAUGUGUUGCCUCCAUGUCGUGGCCUAUCCAUGACAUUGGAGAUAUACAUCAAUGCUGAAAAGAUGCAAAUGGUUGAUCCAUCUCAGCAACAGACUUCUAGGCGUCCUCCUAACCAAGGCACUUCCCAGUCAAUGAUUGACAUCAAUGUCCCCCAUGAUGCUUCGUAUAGUGACGAUGAUCUUGAUUAUAAUGCUCUUUCCUUUUCUGAACACAAGAGCAGUUCCGAAGACAAUGAUGAUAACCCAAACGAGGACGAGGACAAUGAGGAGUUUGUUGAAUCCUCAUAUCGUGAAUAACGACCCAUAUAUGUGGGUAGAGUAUAUGAUACAUUCGAAGAGUUGAAGGAAGACGUGUCCCUUCAAAACCUCAAAGAAUUUCGAACAUUUCGUAGUGAGGCAAAACACAUAAAUUAUUGGCGAGCAAAGUGUGUAUAUGAUGACGCUUGUGUGUGGCAUAUUCAAGCAUCACAAAUCAAACACACCACACAAUGGAAAGUCAACCGGCAACACGAUUUCAUUCCCAACUACACAUGAGGUAAGAACGAUAAACUUCUCACAAGUAAGUUAAUUGCCUCUGAAAUAGGGUCCAAGAUUUAUGUUAAGACCGAUUAUAGUGUAAAGCUCAUCAUGCAUGAAAGACGCCCACCAUGUGUGUAGUUGUUUAUCGGGCUAUAAUCAGGCUUAACAGAAAUCCUAGACCCUAUUUCAGAGGCAGUUAACUUACUUGUGAGAAGUUUAUCGUUCUUACCUCGUGUGUAGUUGGGAAUGCAAUCGUGUUGCGUCAUCAUAAUUUAUGCAUUUCACCUCACUACGAAAUGUUCGAAAUUCUUUGAGGUUUUGAAGGGACAUAUCUUCCUUCAACUCUUCGAAUGUAUCAUAUACUCUACCCACAUAUAUGAGUCGUUCUUCACAAUAUGUGGGUUCAACGAACUCCUCCUUGUCCUCGUCCUCGUUUGGGUUAUCAUCACUGUCUUCGGAACUGCUCUCGUGUUCAGAAAAGGAAAGAGUGUUAUAAUCAGGAUCAUCGUCACUAUACGAAGCAUCAUGGGGGACAUGGAUGUCAAUCAUUGUCGGGAAAGUGCCUUGGUUGGGAGCACGCCUAGAAGUGCGUUGUUGAGAUGGGUCAACCAUUUGCAUCUUUUCGGCAUUGAUGUAUAUCUCCAAUCGUUCGUAUUGAUUGCGAGCAAAUUGUAGAAAAUAGAUCCAUGACUAGUCGUCAUGGAUAGGCCACGACAUGGAGGCAACACAUAUUCCCUCGGAAUUCUAUGUGGGAAAUUUUCCAUGAAUGGUUCUCAUACCAUAUAAACCUUCACGGGACAUGUCUUGCAUAAUGCGCUCACAUAUUGUUGCAUAUGUAGUAUGAUCACUAAAAAAGUGCAGCAUUUGGAUACGUAGAGUAAUUGACUUCAUUAUUAAUUUCAGUCAACACCCCAUUCAAAUGCAGAAGAACAACUAUGCUACCCUCACUAAACAUGUUAUACUCAUAUACUUUAUAGAUAUAAUAAUAGUAGAGAGAAAGAAGUUUGUUUGAGAGUUGUGAAAAUGAGUGUGGUGAAGCUCCC